AUGUCUAAUCUUUUAUUAACACAUAAAGAAUACCAUUGCAAUCCUAUAAGAUAUAAAAUCAAAGGUCGCACCUUUUGGUAUACAAUAUGUAACAAAGGUGUUUUUCCUGCUGUAUCAAACAUUAAAUAUACGAAAGCACCAAAAAGAUAUGCUAUUCCUGAUAAUUUUAGUAUUGUUACAACGUGGGGCAAAUCAUCAA